UGAUAAGGAUAACCGUCCUGAGAUUUCGCUUAACCCUAUAGUAACCGCAGAGGAUCCAAUCCUAUAUUAAGUAGAUUUGGGCGAUUUUACAUGCUAUAAACCCACCCAAUAUAUAUAUAUGUUAUAAACUCUGGCAAGAUAUUUCACAUAUAUCAUAUAUUUCAGAGGUAUUUCGAGAUAUCUGAUUUGUUAUUUUUUUGCUGUGUUUUAAUUCAUUUCUUCUUCCUAGCACGUGACAUCAUAGCACACGUUUUGAAGACCCACCCAAUUUAACUUUCCACACAGCCAAAUUUUCCCUUCGUCUGAGGAGAGAGCCGCUUCUUCUUCUUCUUCCAGCUCUCUCUCCCUCCCCGUCUCUCUCCCUCCCUCUCUCUCUCUCUCUCUCUCUCUCUCUCUCUCUGAUCGAUUUCAAUUUUUCUUUGCCGACCCUUUAAUCAUCCAAGUUUUGAUAUACCAGACUGUUUCUGAUUGAUAUUUUGGUUGGUUCUGUUACCUUUUGUUAUUAUGCAAUGGAUUGGAGACCCUUCAUGUUGAAGUGAUUGGUAUCAUACUAUCACUUUCUAUUACUUUGUUCUGUUAAAUUAUUUUAUGCUAUGGAGGAUCUUCCUGUUGAAGUGGUUGGUAUCAUAUUAUCCCAUCUUGGGUCUGCUAGGGAUGUUCUGAUUGCAUCCUUAACUUGCAAGAAAUGGAGAGAAGCUUGGCAGACUCACCUCCAAACUCUUUCAUUCAAUACAUCUGACUGGCCCCUAUAUCGCGAAAUUUGCUCUAGUCACUUGGAAAUGCUCAUCACUUGUACACUUUUUCAAACCAAAGGAUUGCAGUGCUUAACAAUUUUCAUGGACGACGAGCAUGAGUUUUCUGUUACCCCUGUCAUUGCCUGGCUUAUGUAUACGAGGGAUUCAUUGCGCGAGCUACGUUAUAAUGUGAGGACAUCCCCUAAUUUCAAUAUCAUUGAGAAAUGCAGCAGGAAAACAUUGGAAGUUUUGACCCUGGCUAGCAAUCCUAUCUCGGGUGUUGAGCCGAAGUAUCAUAAAUUUCCUUGCUUAAAGUCGCUGUCGUUGAGUUUUGUUAGCAUCUCAGCGUUGGAUUUGAGUCUUCUUCUUUCUGCCUGUCCGAAACUUGAAACCUUGUCUAUCGUUUGUCCAGAAAUCGCUAUGUCAGAUUCAGAGGCUUCAAUAGAGCUUAGCAGCUCUUCUUUGAAGGAUUUCUUUGUCGAGUCAUAUAGUUUUGAUAAACUCAUAUUAGUGGCGGAUAUGCUCGAGAAUCUGCAUCUGAAAGAUUGUUCCUUUGAUGCUUUUGAAUUGAUCAAUAAGGGGACAUUGAAAGUAUUGAAGCUUGAUGAUGUGAGUGUCAUCCAUCUUGACAUUGGAGAUAAUACAGAAAACCUUGAGAUCGUAGAUGUGUGUAACUUCAUAUUUAUGUGGCAAAAUUUUUAUAAUAUGAUCUCAAAAGCGUCAAAGUUAAAAAAGCUUCGGCUGUGGAGUGUUGUUUUUGACGACGAGGAUGAAGUUGUUGAUAUAGAGACCAUUUCUGUUUGUUUUCCUAGAUUGACGCACCUUUCCUUAAGUUAUGAUUUGAAAGAUGGAGUGCUUCAUUAUGGCUUGCAAGGGUUGUCUUUUCUGAUGAAUGUGGUUGUGUUAGAACUUGGAUGGACUACAAUCAGUGAUCUUUUCUCAGUUUGGGUAGCUGGACUUUUGGAAGGAUGUCCUAAUCUAAAAAAAAUGGUCAUUUAUGGCUAUGUUGCUGAGAUCAAAACACAUGAAGAGUGUCAAACUUUUACCAAAUUCACUGAAUUCAUGAUUCAACUAGGAAGAAAAUAUAGUCAUAUAAAGUUUGAGUUUGAAUAUGAGUAGGAGGUUCAGCCACAUGCAUUCAUUGCCGUCAAAGUAUUGGUUUGAUCUCAUCCGGCGAGACAGACAAGAAGGUACUUUCAUGUUCCAUGAUUUUCUUGUGUCGUUUUCCUCAAGUAGCACAAGCAUUGCUCAGGUGUAAAGUAAGAGAUUCUUUGUAAUGUAGAGAUCUCUGUUUUUUUGUUUCGUUGUUGUUGUUGUUGUUUAUCUUUAACUUCUACCCCUCGAUCUAUAUUUCGAAAUACCAAUAUAACACCAUUGCAACCUAAGGAUUUAAAUUGGGGUCGCGUUGUGGUCCUAAAUAUUGUGGAGGAUCUUAAUCAAACAGUUUGGUUCAACCUUAAUUGCAUUUGAUUUA